GCCCGGCUGCGGGUGAGUUUUGCCCAAUUAUAUUUCUAUGAGGUUAAUUCCCGAACGCGGUAAAUAAAUUUUAGCCGCCGAAAAGUUCCCUUUUAACUUCUACUCGGUGCCACCAUCAGUUAGUUUCCCUCUCGUCGGCCCUCUGCUAUUUUUCUCACUUAAACCCUAAAACUCGAUUGAACCCGUGGCUCCGUGAUCCGAUUCCGAGCAGUCGGGUUUCUUACCCGCUACUGGUUUUGGCGCCAUCAUCUGCCCACCUCAACUUGAAAUAUACCCGUAACUGGAAAGAAUUUGAAAGAUCAUGGUUGACGCGGAGCUGGGUUUUUGACAAAUCUUGAUUUUUGUUUAUAUUCUAAAAUAACACCGCUGUUUACCUCGAGAACGUCAAAUCUAGAGGAAGUUAGGAUUCGAGUUUGCUGAAACGUUGAGGAGCUUAAUGUAUUCCCCCAUUACUUCUUUGAUAGGAAAUUUAUGUCUGCUGGAGAUCGUUGGAUUUCUAUUUCUUGCUUUUGGUGACUACAACUGGGAGUUAGCUCACUGAUCUGUUGGCAUUGGUUGCUCAAAGCUUGACUCUCGGUUAUGCUCUGAAAUGGAAAACCUGUCUCAGUCCUCAGGUGGACAGUUUCGACCGAUUAUCCCAGCACAGCCAGGCCAGACAUUCAUUUCUUCCGCUGCUCAACAGUUUCAGUUAGCAGGGCAGAAUAUAUCUUCUUCAAAUGUUGGAGUGCCAACUGGUCAAGUCCAGCCACAUCAGUAUCAUCAAUCAAUGCAGCAGUUAGUGUCAAGACCAAGUCAUCCUAGCUAUGUAACUCCUUCGUCCCAGCCUAUACAAAUGCCGUAUGCUCAGACAAGGCCUCUUACUUCUGUUCCACCUCAGUCUCACCAAAGUGUGGCUGCACCAAAUAAUCAUAUGCAUGGCAUGGGUGCUCAUGGACUACCUCUUUCUUCACCAUAUACUUUCCAGCCAAUGUCACAAGUGCAUGCACCCGUUGGAGUUGGUAAUAGCCAACCUUGGUUGUCUUCUGUGAAUCAGACUACGAACCUCGUCUCACCGGUCGAGCAAGCUAACCAGCAUUCUUCAGUUUCUGCCAUAAAUCCAGCUGCUAAUGUUCCUGUCUUCAAUCAGCAGUCUUCAUCUGAUUGGCAGGAGCAUGCAUCAGCUGAUGGGAGAAGAUAUUAUUACAACAAAAAAACAAAACAGUCCAGUUGGGAGAAACCAUUGGAACUUAUGACACCACUUGAGAGGGCUGAUGCAUCAACUGUGUGGAAGGAAUUUACAGCCCCGGAUGGAAGAAAGUAUUAUUACAAUAAGGUGACGAAAGAAUCAAAGUGGACCAUGCCAGAAGAACUAAAGUUGGCUCGUGAGCAGGCUCAGAAGGAAGCUGUCCAUGGAACACAAACAGAUAUAGCUGUGACAACACCUCAACCUCCGCCUGCUGUUGGUCUUUCCCAUGCUGAAACACCAGCAGUUCCUUCCAUCAACUCCAGCAUUUCUCCAAUGGUAUCUGGGGUUGCAUCAAGUCCAGUUCCAGUCACUCCUUUUGUUUCUGUAUCUAGUUCUCCUUCGGUGGCGGUUUCUGGAUCACUGGCCGUUACUGGCACACCCAUUGCUGCAACAACUUCUGUGACUGGAGUACAGUCUUCUGUCAUGACAGUUGCUUCUCAAUCUGUUGCUGCUUCUGGAGGUACUGGUCCUCCUGCUGUGGUCCAUGCCAAUGCUUCGUCAGUGACUGGUUUAGAAAGCCUUGCAUCUCAAGAUGUCAAAAAUCCUGUUGAUGGAACAUCUUCGGAGGACAUUGAGGAAGCAAGAAAGGGAAUGGCAGUUGCAGGAAAAGUUAACGAGACUGUUUUGGAGGAGAGAUCUGCUGACGAUGAACCGUUGGUAUUUGCCAACAAGCUGGAGGCCAAGAAUGCAUUUAAAGCGCUUCUGGAAUCUGUAAAUGUGCAAUCUGAUUGGACGUGGGAGCAGGCUAUGCGAGAAAUAAUCAAUGACAAAAGAUAUGGCGCCUUGAAAACUCUUGGUGAGCGCAAGCAAGCAUUCCAUGAGUAUUUAGGACAUAGGAAAAAAUUGGAUGCAGAAGAAAGACGCGUAAGACAGAAAAAAGCUCGUGAGGAGUUCACUAAGAUGUUGGAAGAGUCCAAGGAACUCGCAUCAUCUACCAGAUGGAGCAAAGCUGUUAGUAUGUUUGAGAACGACGAACGGUUCAAAGCUGUUGAACGUGCUAGAGAUCGAGAGGAUCUUUUUGAAAGCUACAUAGUGGAACUUGAGAGGAAGGAAAAAGAAAAGGCUGCAGAGGAAYACAAGAAAAAUAUUGCUGAAUACAGGAAAUUUCUUGAGUCAUGCGACUACAUAAAGGUGAGCAGCCAGUGGCGGAAAGUACAAGAUCGGUUGGAAGACGACGAAAGAUGCUCACGUCUUGAGAAACUUGAUCGCUUGCUUAUUUUCCAGGACUAUAUUCGUGACUUGGAAAAGGAGGAAGACGAACAGAAGAAGAUACAAAAGGAACGUGUGCGAAGAAUUGAACGAAAAAACCGUGACGAGUUUCGCAAACUCAUGGAAGAACACAUUUCUGUGGGUGUUCUUACAGCUAAAACUUUCUGGCGUGAUUAUUGUUUGAAGGUUAAGGAGUUGCCUCAGUACCAAGCUGUUGCUUCAAAUAUAUCUGGUUCGACACCAAAGGACUUGUUUGAGGAUGUUCUUGAGGAAUUAGAGAAUAAGUAUCAUGAAGAAAAAGCCCAGAUAAAAGAUGUGAUGAAGGCAGCGAAGAUUACCAUCACUUCAUCAUGGACAUUUGAUGACUUUAAGGCUGCCAUUGAAGAGGGUGGUUCUCUUACCGUAUCAGAUAUAAAUUUUAAGCUUGUAUAUGAGGACUUACUAGAUAGAGCCAAAGAGAAGGAGGAGAAAGAAGCCAAAAGGCGUCAACGUCUGGCUGAUGACUUCUCAAGACUGCUACAGUCAUUCAAGGAGAUAUCAACUUCUUCCAACUGGGAGGAUAGCAAACAACUUUUUGAAGAGAGUGAAGAGUACAGAUCAAUUGGGGAAGAAAGUUUUGCGAGGGAAGUUUUUGAGGAAUACAUCAUGCAUUUACAAGAAAAGGCAAAAGAAAAGGAACGCAAGCGUGAGGAGGAGAAGGCUAAAAAGGAAAAAGAACGGGAGGAAAAGGAGAAGCGGAAGGAGAAAGAGCGAAAGGAUAAGGAGAGAGAACGUGAAAAAGAAAAGGGCCGGAUUAAGAAGGAUGAAUCAGAUAGUGAAAAUGUAGAUGCAAGCGAAACUCAUGGCUACAGAGAAGAUAAGAAAAGAGAAAAAGAGAAAGAUAGGAAGCACCGGAAGCGGCAUCAUAGUGCCACUGAUGAUGGUGGUUCUGGUAAAGAUGAGAGAGAGGAGUCUAAGAAGUCACGCAAACAUAGUAGCGACCGAAAAAAAUCAAGGAAGCACGCAUAUUCACCUGAAUCAGACAGUGAGAGUAGGCACAGAAGGCACAAGAGAGAUCAUCGAGAUGGUUCCCGUAGAAAUGGUGGACAUGAUGAACUUGAAGAUGGGGAGCUUGGUGAAGAUGGAGAAAUUCAAUAGUUUCUGGUUGCUCUUGGUUUCAGGAUUCUGCUUCUAUGCUUCCAAGGGGCCAACCGUUCACCCGGCGUAGCACGAUCAUUGUGAUUUUAAGAGCCACUGAUGGCAACCUCUGGAAAGAAUUAUUUUGAAUGGGAGAGAGAUGAAGGGCGACGCAAUUAUCAUUCUUCCAUUGUCUGUUAGUGGAUACUCUGUAGUGUUCCUUAGAGGAGUUAGUGGCGAAUGUGAACGAGCCACUUAAUUGGAAGCGAUUUUUAUUAGAGCUGGUUUUGUAAGUUGCGACUUCCCCUAGUAUUUGUUGUAAUUCUGCUAGAGAGUAAAAUCCACAUGCUGCUUUUUUGCGGUUGUUUUUACUGACAGAAGUUUGGUUACUGAGAUUAUCUCUAAGUUGAUUUUACAGCACAAUUUAUAACCAGAAUGAAAACAUAGGAAGGCUGUAUAAAUUGACAUCAAAAUUGAGUGUUCACAGCCAGAUCAUGGUUGUUAAAACUUGGAGUAGAACUUUUUCAAAACUUCAAA